ACUCCCCUUCCCCGCUCCUUCGCCCAGUCCCCACCCCCGAGGCGAGCCAGCCUCACCCUCGGCUCCCUCCCUCCCUCCCAGUCCCACACCCCAUUGCCGCCUCUAUCCAAUAAAAACUCCUGUACAGAUCAAACUCCAGGGAUCCGGAUCAGCAUAUCCCGCGCCCCGCCGCGCGACUCCCCUCCCCGCCUCGAUCCUCCCUGACAUUUUUUUUCCCGAUCGGGGCUAGGGUUAGGGCCUCGGGGAGGAGGGCGCCGCAUUUCAGGCCGCCGCCGGAGUCGACGAGCCAGGCCGCCCGCGGAGGCUAGCGGGAGGGGGGCGAGGAGAAAUGGAGAAGAAGAAGGUGGCGGUGUCCAAGGUGUGCCACGGCCACUCGCGGCCGGUGGUCGACCUGUUCUACAGCCCCGUCACGCCCGACGGCUACUUCCUCAUCAGCGCCAGCAAGGACUCGAAUCCGAUGCUUCGAAAUGGUGAUACUGGAGAUUGGAUUGGGACUUUUGAAGGUCAUAAAGGUGCAGUUUGGAGCUCUUGUCUCGACACAAAUGCUCUCCGUGCCGCCUCCGGUUCUGCGGACUUCUCAGCCAAAAUAUGGGAUGCACUAACAGGAAAUGAGCUACAUUCAUUUGAGCACAAGCAUAUAGUCCGUGCAUGUGCCUUUUCUGAGGAUACACACAUGUUGCUCACUGGAGGUGUGGAGAAGAUUUUGCGUAUAUACGAUAUGAAUCGUCCAGAUGCAGCUCCAAGGGAACUUGACAAAACACCUGGUUCUGUACGAACUGUUGCUUGGCUUCACAGUGACCAAUCUAUUCUAAGUUCCUGCUCUGAUAUGGGUGGAGUGAGGUUAUGGGAUGUGAGAAGUGGAAAAAUUGUGCAAACUCUUGAAACCAAGGCACCUGUCACCAGUGCAGAAGUAAGCCAGGACGGCAGGUUCAUCACUACAGCUGAUGGCUCAAGUGUUAAAUUUUGGGAUGCGAAUCAUUUUGGGCUUGUUAAAAGCUAUGAUAUGUCAUGCACUGUGGAGUCAGCUUCACUUGAACCAAAGUCUGGGAGUAAGUUCAUCACUGGAGGGGAAGAUAUGUGGGUUCAUGUAUAUGAUUUCUUCACUGGUGAAGAAAUAGCCUGCAACAAAGGUCAUCACGGCCCCGUCCACUGCGUCCGGUUUGCGCCUGUUGGCGAAUCAUACGCAUCAGGAUCAGAAGACGGCACCAUCCGGAUCUGGCCGCUGAACCCCGCAAGCACCGAUGAUGCUGAGGCGCCCACCGCCAACGGCAAACCAAAGGCAGCCGCGGUGGCAAACGAGGUCGCCCGUAAAAUCGAAGGCUUCCACAUCAGCAAGGAGGGGCAGACCGAGGCGUAGGAGGGAGGAUCGCAUCGUCACUGAACCUGGCAGUGUUUAAGCCUUGUUGGGGGUACUGCCGUUGCCGUCCGUCAGAGCCGGUCCUGGUCUCAUGGUGUCGCCCUCGGGUCCAUCACGUCGAAGCUUCUUUGCCGACCAAGGGCGGCGGACGAUUCCGUCUGGCUCACGCCCGGACGGUGGAUUUCUGUAAGGGGUACUCUUCGGUAGACUGUUAAGAUUAAUGAUAGCAUCUAAGGAAUCGGAAUAAACCGAAGGGGGAGAGCGAGUCCAGCAGUUAGUUUGUUUGCAGAGAGUAAAAA